AUGAGGGACUAUAGUCGGUUCGGCAUCGCGAAAGUAAACAGUGGACCAGUGUUCAGUGCUGAAGUGAUAACGACCAAUAACAGUUUUCAAGUCGGUGUCGAACGAAUAACCACAUUGUUUGUGCAUCGCUUAACCAUAAACCAUGUUAACAAGAACAUUGAAAAAAUGGAAUCGAAAAUAAUGAUUGUCGUUUUUAUGGUUGUUUUGUGUGCUGAAGUUGUGUUGAGCAUGGAAGAUGGACUUAAAGAGGGGGCUACUGGAGUAUGCACAGAAAUUGUUAGUCAACAACAGUGGUUCAAAAAGACGUAUGGAUGUUCCAAGAAGGGAAAACGAAUUUGUUCCAAAAUGGAAGUCAAGUUUGUGCCGACAAAGAAAAAUAUCUGUUGCGACGGAUGGAAGUUCUAUAAUGGCCAAUGCAUACCCGAGGGCCCACUGUGCGAGACGCCUUGUGUUAAUGCCGAAUGUACUGGAUACAAUAUUUGCACGUGCUACACAGGAUAUAAGUCUAAAACACAAUUCCAAUGCGAACCAGAAUGUGGGAAUUGCGAAAACGGCGUCUGCGUCGCUCCAAAUAAAUGUGAAUGUAAUUCUGGAUAUUAUAACGUCGAAGAUCUCAAAUCUUACAAUGAGAGUUCAAGUUGCAAACCUUAUUGCACUUCUUGCAACAAUGGAGAAUGCAUUGCACCUGAUCUCUGCCGAUGCAACGAAGGCUACGAGAGACACUACAAUACUUGCGACCUAAUACCGCUAAGAAACUGCAAAGGCUGCGACGCCACAUGUAAUGAGAGCAUUUGUGCGUGCGCAAAUGGUACUAUUUGUGAAUCAUCAACUGAGGAGGCCAUCGUAUCAUCUUCUCCAACGUUGGCUGGUCUACAACUGACCUGGAUGCUGGGUGGCACAAUCGGGAUUCUACUGCUCAUCUUCGUAUUGGUGAUCAUGCAUCGCACAUGGAGACAGAGGAAGAAUUUCGAGCAAAAAGCUAGUGGCGAUGACUAUCGCAGGUGCGAUAGCGUGAUGCAUACGAUACCGAACACUCUAAUCGGACAUAAAUAUGAAGAUGACGAUGAAAAUGAAGAAGGAGUUUAUGAUACAGUAGAGCAUAGACAAACGAAUAUAGACCUCCUGCCGCGUGGACCGUCACGCGACUUUGUCGAACGAAUUUGAUCAACGCUAGUUUUAGAAUAACAUGUAGUCGUAAAUUGUAAUGAAAGGAAUUUCAAACCAGAUAACGAAUAGAAACUACUGAUCGAAAUUUCAUUAACGAAC